AUGGUUGCCACGGCGGCGCUGGACGUGGAGAAGGCCGCGGACGGCGCGAAGGGCGCGACGGAGGUCGGCAUCGACAACAAGGCGCACGAGAAGUACACGCUGAUCACGCUCACGACGCCCAACCGCCCGGGCCUGCUCAACGCCAUGUCGGCCGCGUUCCGCGACAUGGGCAUUGACAUCCUCAAGGCCGAGCUCGACAUCCAGGGCAAGAUCGCCGUCGACAAGUUCUACGUCCUCGACGUCGAGACGCGCCAGAAGAUCACCAAGGCGGAGGACCAGGAGCAGAUCAAGCGGACGAUCGCGACGGUGGUGGAGGGCAAGCACACGGGCAACACGCCGCGCCCCUACAUGGGCCCCAUCAACGAGACGCGCGGGCGCAAGGAGCUGCUCUACUCGAUGAUGGACACGUACUCGAAGAACGACGUCCUCUCGAUCCAGCAGUCGAUCAUCAACCACGUCGAGUACACCCUCGCGCGGACGCGCUACCGCUUCUCGGUGCAGGAGGCGUACCAGGCCACGGCCUUCUCCGUGCGCGACCGGCUGAUCGAGGUGUGGAACGACACGCAGACGUGGCUCCGCGAGGCCGACCCGAAGCGCGUGUACUACCUGUCGAUGGAGUUCCUCCAGGGCCGGAGCCUGAAGAACGCGCUGUACAACCUCAACGUCAAGGACGCCUACACCGAGGCGCUCGAGGAGCUCGGGUACGACCUCGAGGAGCUCGCGGAGUGCGAGCGCGACGCGGCGCUCGGCAACGGCGGCCUCGGGCGCCUCGCGUCGUGCUUCCUCGACUCGAUGGCCAGCCUGGAGCUCCCCGCGUGGGGGUACGGCAUCCGCUACCAGUACGGGAUGUUCCGGCAGACGCUCCAGGACGGGUUCCAGCACGAGCAGCCGGACUACUGGCUGACGUUCGGGAACCCGUGGGAGAUCGAGCGCAACGUGGUGACGUACCCGGUGAAGUUCUUCGGCCACGUGAGCGUGUACGAGGAGAACGGGAAGCAGAAGUUCAAGUGGCACCCGGGCGAGGAGGUGACGGCGGUGGCGCACGACAACCCGAUCCCCGGGUUCGACACGCAGCACACGAUCAACCUGCGCCUCUGGAGCGCCAAGCCCGUGCGGCAGUUCGACCUCGAGGCGUUCAACACGGGCGACUACGUGCAGGCCAUCCUGGCCCGGCAGCGCGCGGAGACGAUCUCGUCGGUGCUGUACCCGGACGACCGCACGUACGAGGGGCGCGAGCUGCGGCUGAAGCAGCAGUUCUUCUUCUGCUCGGCGUCGCUGCAGGACGUGGUGCGGCGGUACCGCGAGACGCACGACACGAUGGACCUGUUCGCGGACAAGGUGGCGUUCCAGCUGAACGACACGCACCCGGUGAUCGCGGUGCCGGAGCUGAUGCGGCUGCUGAUCGACGACUGCGGCCUGGGCUGGACCAAGUCGUGGGAGAUCACGACCAAGGUCUUUGCGUUCACCAACCACACGGUGAUGCCCGAGGCGCUCGAGAAGUGGCCGGUGCAGAUGAUGGAGAAGCUGCUCCCGCGGCACAUGCAGAUCAUCUACGACAUCAACUGGCGCUUCAUCCAGCUGGUCAAGGACAAGAAGGGGCCCAACUGGCCGGGGCUGCAGAACAUGUCGAUCAUCGAGGAGGACGCGUACGGCGGCAAGGUCAUCAAGAUGGCCAACCUCGCGUGCGUCGCGAGCCACACCAUCAACGGCGUCGCGGCCAUCCACUCGCAGAUCAUCAAGGACACCAUCCUGAAGGAGUUCUACGAGCUCUGGCCGGAGAAGUUCCAGAACAAGACCAACGGCGUGACGCAGCGCCGCUGGCUCGCCUUCUGCAACCCCCCGCUGCGCAUGCUCAUCACCGAGACGCUCGGGACGGACAAGUGGAUCAAGGACCUCACGCUGCUCGAGGGCCUCCGCGCGCACGCCAAGGACCCCGCCUUCCAGGAGAAGUGGGUCGCGGCCAAGCUCGAGAGCAAGCAGCGCCUCGCCGCCAAGGUCAAGGAGCUCACGGGCGUCGAGGUCAACCCCAACGCGCUCUUCGACGUCCAGGUGAAGCGCAUCCACGAGUACAAGCGGCAGCUGCUCAACGUGCUCGGCGUGGUGCAGCGGUACCGCGAGAUCAAGAAGAUGACGCCCGAGCAGCGCAAGAAGGUCGUCCCGCGCGUGGUGAUGCUCGGCGGCAAGGCGGCGCCGGGCUACGAGAUGGCCAAGCGCAUCAUCAAGCUCGUGUCGGCCGUCGGCGAGAAGAUCAACAACGACAAGGACGUCGGCGACCUCCUGAAGCUCGUGUUCCUGCCGGACUACAACGUCAGCCUCGCGGAGGUCAUCGUGCCGGGCACGGAGCUCUCGCAGCACAUCUCGACGGCCGGCACGGAGGCGUCGGGCACGUCCAACAUGAAGUUCGCGAUGAACGGCUCGCUGAUCAUCGGCACGAUGGACGGCGCCAACGUCGAGAUCGCCGAGGAGAUUGGCGAGGAGAACAUGUUCAUCUUCGGCGCGCGCACGCCCGAGGUGCCCAAGCUGCGCAAGGAGCGCCGCUCGCUCAAGCCGGACCCGCGCUUCACCGAGGUGUGCGCGUCCGUGCGGAAGGGCGACUUCGGGUGGCAGGACUACCUGCUGCCCGUCAUCGACAACGUGGAGGGCACCGACUUCUACCUGGUCGCCAACGACUUCCCGAGCUACCUCGAGACGCAGAAGCGCGUCGACGACCUGUACCGCGACCAGGCCAAGUGGAACGAGAUGUCCAUCCUCUCCGUCGCGGGCAUGGCCAAGUUCUCGUCCGACCGCACCAUCAAGCAGUACGCCGACGAGAUCUGGGGCAUCCAGCCCUGCCCCAACCCGGGCGACGGCAACGGCGGCGCCACCAGCAACAACUGA